CCUAAACAAGACCAAUGGCCUCCCCACGCCUGGGAAUCUUCUGCUGUCCUACUCGGGACGCAGCCACACAGCUGGUGAUGAGCUUCCAACCGCGGGUGUUCCACGCGCUGUGCCUGGGCAGUGGCGCUCUCCGCCUGGUGCUUGGCCUCCUGCAGCUCCUGCCAGGGCGACGAUCUAUUGGUCACAGGGCGCCUGCGACAUCUCCACCGGCCUCGGUCCACAUCCUCCGCGCUGCUACCGCCUGUGACUUUCUUGGCUGCCUGGGAAUCGUUAUCAGAUCCACAGUGUGGGUAGCCUACCCAGAUUUCAUUGAAAACAUCUCCAAUGUGAAUGGAACAGACAUUUGGCCUGCUGCUUUCUGUGUGGGGAGUGCGAUGUGGAUCCAGCUGUUGUACAGUGCCUGCCUCUGGUGGCUCUUCUGCUAUGCUGUUGACGUGUACUUGGUGAUCAGGAGAUCAGCAGGAUUGAGCACCAUCCUGCUGUACCACAUCAUGGCCUGGGGCCUGGCUGUCCUGCUUUGUGUGGAGGGAGCAGUCAUGCUUUACUACCCUUCUGUGUCCAGGUGUGAGAGGGGCCUGGACCAUGCCAUCCCUCAUUAUGUCACCAUAUACUUGCCACUACUGCUUGUCCUUGUGGCCAACCCGAUCCUGUUUCACAAGACAGUGACUGCAGUGGCCUCUUUACUGAAAGGAAGAAAAGGUGUUUACACAGAGAAUGAGAGACUGAUGGGAGCCGUGAUCAAGACCCGGUUUUUCAAAAUAAUGCUGGUGUUAAUUUCGUGUUGGUUGUCCAAUAUCAUCAAUGAAAGUCUUUUGUUCUACCUUGAAAUGCAACCAGAUAUCCAUGGAGGCUCUCUGAAACGCAUCCAGAAUGCAGCCAGGACCACAUGGUUUAUUAUGGGAAUACUGAAUCCAGCCCAAGGACUUCUUUUGUCUUUGGCCUUCUAUGGCUGGACAGGAUGCAACCUGGAUGUCCACCCUCCAAAGAUGGUGAUUCAGUGGGAAGCAAUGACUGCCUCGGCUACCGAGGGCACAUACCAGUCCCCUGUGGGCUCCUGUGAGCCCCAUGAAAACCCCAGGAAGGUGGUCUGUGUCGCAGGGCACACUUCUGAUGAAGUGCUGAGCAUUUUGUCUGAAGGUUCUGAUGCCAGCACUGUUGAAAUCCAUACUGCAACUGGUUCCUGCAACAUAAAGGAAGUUGACUCCGUUUCCUAA